CCCUCAGUCCUCAGACUUUAGAUCCCACCGUGUUUCCACAACUUAGAGAUGGCUUCGCCAAUAGCCUUCUGUUCUGUCCUCCAAGGUAUGGGAAAUCGGCUGGCUGUUAGGCUCAACACCCAAGACAAGAAUGGAAGGAAAGCAUGGGAGGAUCUCCACGGUAAGCUAGCAGAUGUUGCCACUUCCAUUGCUGAACCAACAACGACCGUCGAAGCUCUGCUGAGAUAUCUGAAAAGGGAGAUGGGGUCGCUACUUUUUGGUGACCCGGAUGCUCAAGCUUUACUUGGGCAGAUGAUGGGGCAUGUUGAGGAAAAAGUCGGCGCACAGAGUGUUGAUGCCUUUCAGGCUAUUCCUCUGCUAAAAAAUCUGAUUCUCCAGGUUGCUCGUCAGUUAAACAUGACUCCACUUCGUAACUCGGUUCAUUCAGACUUGAUAGACGGAGACAGUACUUUUGUUCAAGAAAACGUGGAGUGCAUGGUCAACAACUCAGUCGAGCUCUCUGCUCCAAGCGCUUCCUACACCGUAGUCUCCAUUGUGGGAGCCCAGAGCAGUGGAAAAAGUUACUUACUUAAUCAACUCUUCAGAACUAAGUUUCCCGUGAUGGACGGCCAACUUGGAAGGACUCAAACUACAAAAGGAAUACUAAUGUCAAGAUGCAUUGAUCCUUCGAUGUUAGUCCUAGACAUAGAAGGUUUUGACGGAAGAGAGAGAGGGCAGGAUACUUUGUUCGAGAAUCAAGCUGCCCUUUUUGCGUUGACUGUAUCAGACCUAAUGAUGGUUAACAUGUUCGUAAGUGAUAUUGGUCGACAUCAAGGAAGUGGCAGACCACUUUUCAAGACAAUAUUUCAGGAAAGGACAAAACUUCCUCCAGGCUUGACCUAUAUAAUUGUUGUUCUUCGUGAUUACGAUGGAGAGACACCACUCGAGAUACUAAGACAGGAUGUUAUUAAGACCCUCGAGGAGGUGUGGAGAAGUGUGAACAAGGAAUCCACAACAUUUACUGACUAUAUUGAGAUAAAUGUUGUUGCAUUACCACAGAAGAACUCGGAGGAUUUUCAAAAAGAGGUUACAUCAUUGAGAAAGCUUCUUUUGAAGUUUACCAGAAAUGCUAAAGUUCCGGCCUCAAGCUUCUCAAUCAGUUCGAAACUGUUGUGGGAUCAAAUUAAGCAAAACAAGAAACUUGACAUUCCGUCCCAUAUGGUGUUACUUGCUACAUUAUACUGUCAACAAACAGUGGAAGCAUGCAUGGGACAAUUUAAUGAUGAUCUUCUGAAAGCCGAAGAAACUCCACAAGGUUUCAUAGAAGUGUCAAACACACUUUUGGACAGCAUUAUAAACCAGUAUAACCGAGAGACUGAAUUGUAUGAUGCAGUCGUAAGGGACAGGGAAUGUCAGAAGAUGGUAAAGAAAGUAAAGAAGAUCUUUACGGGACAUUAUCGGGAACUGAUUAAGAAGAUUCAAGAAGAAACUUCAGAACGGUUCAAACAUGAAUUUGUCAGGGAGCUGGAAAAUAUGGAAAAAACUCAUGACGUCGAAAACUAUGAUUAUCAGAAAGUGCAGUCAUGCAUAGAGAAAUUCACCAACUUGUGUGAAGAUUUGAAGGUAUUUGAUCCGGAGUAUUUUCACAAAUGUUGUGCGGACCUCCAAAUAAAGUUGACUUCGUAUACUAGUUUUCACAUUUCAUCAUUAAUGGAGGAACGUGCAAGGAAAGAAAAGAAAGAAAAAGAAAGAUUGUUUACGAAACUUGACAAGAGGAUGGAAGAGAAGCAGCGCCUGGAAGAGGAAAUGCAGCGGGAAAAGGAAAAACAUAGCAGGGAGAAGGAGGAGUGGGAACAAAGGGUGCAUAUGCUUCAGCAGGAAAGACCUAGCAGGGAAAAGAUGGCCGAGAUGGAACUCAAAAUGCAGAUGCUCGAACUGGAAAAACAAAAGAGGAAGGCGGAGUUUGAAAUUGGAGGAGAGGUGAUUAAAAACAUGCUACAAAUACAAAGAGAGCGCACCAUAAGAUCAGGGCAGGCACAUCCAGCGCAGUCUUCGUCUGCUGGUCUGAUCUUUUCAAGAAAUGGGCAUGGAUCGGAGCAGUGGAAAGAGAACUACAUUGAGCCCGGGUUCAUGUACGAGAACUCAGAGCAAAGCAUACCUGAGAAUUGGGGUGAUAACUACAACUAUGCGUGUAGUGGUGAUGACUACAACUAUGCAGAUGGUGAUACGUAUGGCAUGGAAGACACCUGGGGUGAUUACUAAGCACGCCUCAUGUAAUAUAAAGCUACGUAAUUAUGGUAGAAAUAAUUAUGUAGCUUUAUAUUAUUAUCGCCUUCUAUUUUGUAUUGCUAGCUCGAAAUCCAUUGUUAAGAGAUGUAAUAAUUGGCAAACUUGUGAAGCCUAAUUGAGUUUUAGCCCUGCAUGGCAUGUUAUUGUAAUAUUGUUAACCAGCUCUAGCUAUUCCCAGUUGCAAUCUCAGACAUGGCUUACUAUUUAACAAACAAAUUUUGUUAUCAA